AUGGGUGCCCCGUUGUCGCACGACGGUCUGCCCGAGUCCACACCUGGGGCAGAGAAAACCUGGAACUCGCCUCUAGAUGAAACAAUAAGCGAGGAGCACGCUCCCACUCGAGCAAACCCCGACGAUGAGGAAUCGAGCUUCGACGAGUGUCGACCGAAAGAGCUUUCCAAGACUACUACUCACGGUAGUCACGCCGGGACGCUGGCGGGGAGGACGCUCUCCCUCGUCCGCACGAGAGAGUCGGGCAAGGAUAUUGGCCCUGCCCCCGACGGCGGCCUCGCGGCCUGGAUUCAAGUAGGCCUGGGGCAUUUUGUCAUCUUCAACACAUGGGGUUACAUCAAUAGCUUCGGCGUCUUCCAAACCUACUAUACCGAGCAGCUGGGACGGCCGCCAUCCGACAUAUCGUGGGUGGGAAGUAUCCAGAUUUUCCUCCUCUUCUUCAUUGGCACAUUUUCCGGUCGUGCUACGGAUGCCGGAUACUUCAAGGUCACUCUGGCCAUGGGAGCUUUGUUGGAGUUGUUUUGCAUCUUCAUGACCUCGUUGUGCACUGAAUACUGGCAGUUGUUCCUGGCCCAGGGUGUCGGACAAGGAAUCGGCUGCGGACUCAUGUUUUGCCCGACCAUUGCCCUGAUUCCCACCUAUUUCACCACCAAACGUGCCAUCGCCAUGGGCAUCGUGGCAUCCGGGUCCGCAACGGGAGGCCUCGUGUUCCCGGCCGUGGUCAUGCGCCUGCUCCCCCAGGUCGGGUACGGGUGGACCAUGCGGACCUUGGGGUUCAUCUCCCUUGCGACGUUGGCCCCGUGCCUGAUCUUCUUAAAACAACGGCUGCCACCGCGCCGGAGCGGUCCUCUGGUGGAGCUCUCAGCCUUCAAGGAAUUGCCGUAUGUGCUUUUUGCCAUCGGCAUGUUCCUCAACUUCUGGGGCAUCUAUGUCGGGUUCUUCUAUAUCGGCAGCUUCGGACGCAACAUCAUCGGCGUGUCCCAGUCGACCUCGAUCGAUGUGCUCCUGGUCAUGAACGGCGUUGGCUUGCUCGGCCGGCUCAUCCCCAAUCUCAUGGCCGAUUGGUAUUCCGGGCCUCUAAACAUGCUGAUCCCCUUCAGCCUAGCCACCGCCGUCGUUUCGUAUUGCUGGGCCGCGGUGAAUAGCCAAGGGGGUCUGUAUGCAUUCAGCGUCUUCUACGGCCUGUCGGCUGCCGGGAUCCAGUCCCUCUUCCCAGCCACGCUGAGCACGCUCACGACGGACUUGAAGAAAACCGGGGUCAGGAUGGGCAUGGUGCUGAGUGUCGUGGCCGUCGCCGCUCUCAUCGGCUCCCCGAUUGCGGGCGCAUUGAUUGAACGGGGGGAUGGUCAGUACCUGUAUGCGCAAAUGUUCAUGGGCAGUGCGAUCAUCGCCGGGACGCUGACCCUGGUGGCGUCGCGCGUGGCCCGGUUGGGGUUUGCGUGGCAGCGAGCGUGA